CCCCUCUCCUCCCUCCUCUUCUUCCCAUAUUACCCAUUACCGAAUAUUUCUCCCUCCUCCUCAUUAUUAUUAAGAUAUUAAUUAUUCUCCAUUAAUCUCUCUCCCCCUCAAGCUCAACAUUCUACAACAAUGGCGAGCGCUGGGGAGAUGAAGAAGUACCGGAAAAGCUACUUUGACGUUCUGGGACUGUGCUGUCCGUCGGAGGUUCCUAUGAUAGAAAACAUUCUUAAUUCUCUCGACGGCGUCAAGGAGUUUUCCGUCAUCGUCCCCACAAGAACUGUCAUUGUCGUCCAUGACAACCUCCUCCUUUCUCAGCAUCAAAUUGUUAAGGCACUGAAUCAAGGAGGGCUGGAAGCUAAUGCAAUAGCGUAUGGAGAGACAAAAUACAAGAAGAAAUGGCCAAGUCCGUACGCCGUGGCGUCUGGUUUACUUCUCUGCCUCUCAUUUCUCAGAUACGUGUAUUCGCCGCUCCGGUGGCUGGCCGUGGCCGCCGUCGCCGCCGGGGGCGUACCGAUCCUCCUCAAAGCCUUGGCUUCUAUAAGAAACUUGAGGAUUGAUAUCAACAUCCUUGCCAUCAUUGCAGGGAUAGGUACAAUAUACAUGAAGGAUUAUACAGAAGCUGCUACCAUUGUUUUUCUACUUAACAUUUCAGAAUGGCUUGAAUCCAGAGCAAGCCAUAAGGCAAAUGCAGCCAUGUCUUCCUUGAUGAACUUAGCCCCUCAAAAGGCGAUAAUAGCUGAAACUGGAGAAGAGGUGGACACCGAUGAGGUCAAGUUAAACACCAUUUUAGCAGUCAAGACUGGUGAAGUUGUACCUAUUGAUGGAAUUGUUGUUGAUGGAAAUGCUGAAGUUGAUGAAAAAACUUUAACUGGAGAAUCUUUCCCAGUCCCCAAACAAAAGGAUUCUACUGUCUGGGCAGGCACCAUUAACCUAAAUGGUUACAUAAGCGUAAAAACUACUGCAUUAGCAGAAGAUUGUGUCGUGGCCAAGAUGACAAAACUAGUUGAAGAAGCACAGAACAGCAAAUCAAGAACACAAAGAUUCAUAGACAGAUGUUCCCGGUACUACACCCCAGGAAUUCUCAUUAUAUCAGCCAGCCUUGCAGUGAUUCCAGCUGUGUUAAGAGUUCAUGAUAUGAAAUAUUGGAUUCAUUUGGCAUUGGUUGUUUUAGUAAGCGCUUGUCCUUGCGCGUUAAUCCUUUCGACUCCUGUUGUGACUUUCUGUGCACUUACAAGGGCUGCAAGUUCAGGACUUUUAAUCAAAGGGGGAGAUUAUCUUGAAGUUCUUGCCAAAAUUAAGGUCACUGCUUUUGACAAAACAGGCACAAUAACAAAGGGUGAAUUUACUGUCAUGGAUUUUCAAUCUCUUACUCGAGAUAUAAGCCUGAACACCUUGUUGUAUUGGGUUUCAAGCAUCGAAAGCAAGUCAAGUCAUCCGAUGGCGAAAGCACUAGUUGAUUAUGGAAUGUCUCAAUUAGUUACGCCAAAUCCUGAAAGUGUGGAGGAUUACCAAAACUUUCCUGGAGAAGGUAUUCAUGGCAAAAUUGAUGGGAAAGAUAUUUAUAUUGGAAACAGGAAGAUUGGUGUUAGAGCUGGAUGUAGCUCAGUUCCAGUAACUGAAGGUGAUACAAAAGGAGGAAAGACAAUUGGGUAUAUCUACUGUAACAGUAGCUUGGUAGGAAUUUUCAGUCUCUCUGAUACUUGUAGAACUGGAGUUGUAGAGGCGAUUAAGCAUCUAAAGCUGUUAGGAAUAAAAUCUGUAAUGCUUACAGGAGAUAGUCAAGCAGCUGCAAUGCAUGCCCAAGAACAGCUAGGAAAUGCCUUAGAGAUUGUCCAUUCAGACCUUUUACCCGAAGACAAGGCGAGAAUCAUCAAUGAAUUGAAGAAGGAAUUAGGAGCAACAGCCAUGAUUGGUGAUGGUGUGAAUGAUGCACCAGCAUUAGCUACAGCUGAUAUCGGUAUAUCCAUGGGCAUAUCAGGCUCUGCGCUUGCAACACAGACAGGUCACAUAAUUUUAAUGUCGAAUGACAUUAGAAAGAUACCGAAAGCUAUUCGAUUAGUGAGAAAAGCUCGCAGGAAAGUGAUUGAAAAUGUCAUUUUGUCGAUCAUUACUAAAGCAGGUAUUAUUGCAUUGGCUUUUGCUGGUCAUCCCCUUGUUUGGGCAGCAGUUGUUGCCGAUGUUGGCACAUGUCUACUAGUCAUUCUUAAUAGUAUGUUAAUCCUCCGAACACCCGCCAAAAACCCUAAAUCUUCAUCUCAUACCAAUCAUAAUUGUUGUUCUUCCAAAAAUUUACAAAACCAUUCUCACUCUCAUAAAACCUGCAAUUCAAAGUCCCAACCCAAAUCUUGCCCUACAAAAUCUUCUAAUCAUCAUGGCCAUAACCAUGGAACUUGCAACAAUCAUGAUGAUCAUCAUGGCCAUAACCAUGGAAUUUGCAACAAUCAUGAUGAUUAUCAUGGCCGUAACCAUAGAACUUGCAACAAUCAGGAUGAUCAUCAUGGCCAUAACCCUGGAACUUGCAACAAUCAGGAUGAUCAUCAGGGCCAUAGCCGUAGAACUUGCAAUAAUCAUGAUGAUCAUCAUGGCCAUAACCAUGGAACUUGCAACAAUCAGGAUGAUCAUCAGGGCCAUAGCCGUAGAACUUGCAAUAAUCAUGAUGAUCAUCAUGGCCAUAACCAUGGAACUUGCAACAAUCAUGAAACUCAUGAACAUAAGCAUGGAUGUUCAGGUACUCAUCAUCAUCUCACCUCCUGCAAACAAGAUAAUGCUUCUACCCACGAUCAUAAUCAUGUUGGGUUACAUCAUUUAGAAGAAGGAACAAGUUUGAACAACAACAAUGGUUUAUGCAAACACAAACAUUGUGACCAUAACAUCAAUCAAGUAUCAGAUCAUGAAAAGCUUCAUUCCAUGGCAGCCAUAAAACAAAUAUGUUGUGCUCAGAACGAUCAUGAUCAAUGCCCAGAAGAAAAAUCUGAUCAUGUUCAUUCCCAUGAUCAUGUAGUGAUGUGUGAUUAUGAUCCAGCAGGGAUGGCGCAUGGAGGUAGCCAUGGAUGUGUGAGGUUGGAGAGGAGAGAGUAUGGUGGGUGUUGCAGGAGUUAUUUGAAGGAAUGUUGUAAUAACCAUGGACAUUUUGGAGUUGGGAUGGGAGGGUUAACAGAGAUUGUCACUGAAUAGUGAAUAGCUUUGUUUAAAAAACUAUGUAUUAAAAAAAUUAUCUUACUUUAUUAAUUAAACAAGGCCAAUGUCCAACAUGAAUUAUUAAAAA